AAGAGGGAGAGAGGGAGUCGUCUCGGACCUCUCGGUACCUUGCGGCUCAAGAAGUAGUAGAAUAAGUAGAAAGAAAAAGGAGAAACAGAAACAGAAAGAAAGAGGAAGAUGGCGAGGUACGACAGGGCAAUCACAGUAUUCUCACCAGAUGGCCAUCUGUUUCAGGUCGAAUACGCCCUAGAAGCCGUGCGCAAGGGCAACGCCGCCGUAGGUGUCCGUGGCACCGACACCAUCGUCCUCGGCGUCGAGAAGAAGUCCACCGCCAAACUCCAAGACUCCAGAUCGGUUAGGAAGAUUGUAAACUUGGAUGAUCACAUUGCACUAGCCUGUGCUGGACUCAAGGCUGAUGCUCGUGUUCUCGUAAACAGGGCACGGAUUGAAUGUCAAAGUCAUAGGCUUACAGUCGAGGAUCCAGUGACUGUUGAGUACAUUACUCGUUACAUUGCAGGUCUUCAGCAAAAGUACACACAAAGUGGGGGUGUGAGACCAUUUGGCCUUUCAACUCUGAUCAUUGGUUUUGAUCCCUAUUCUGGUGCACCGUCAUUGUAUCAGACAGAUCCUUCUGGGACAUUUUCAGCUUGGAAGGCUAAUGCAACUGGGAGAAACUCUAAUUCGAUAAGGGAGUUUCUGGAGAAAAACUAUAAAGAAACUUCUGGGCAAGAAACAGUGAAGCUUGCAAUCCGUGCAUUGCUUGAGGUUGUGGAGAGCGGGGGGAAGAACAUAGAAGUUGCUGUGAUGACUAGGGAGCAUGGACUACGGCAACUUGAGGAAGCUGAGAUUGAUGCAAUUGUUGCCGAAAUUGAUGCAGAGAAAGCAGCUGCUGAGGCUGCAAAGAAGGCUCCUCCAAAGGAAACAUGAUCUCAUUUUCACUUUUCUCAUCUCUUUGGGUCAAACUGAUCAUUGUUGUCAUCCAUUUGGAUGUUAUUGGAGUAUUGGAUCGCGAGCUUUAGAACAACAAAAACAUAUAGCUACUUGAAUUCUGAAAAUGGAGAUGAGACGAAUUAUAAACAGAUUGUAUCAGAAGUGAUAAUCGCAAGGCAGCCUAUUGGAUCAAAUCAAAACUCAGACUAUCGAUCAUUAUGUUUUAAAAUGAUUGAAUUGAACACUUUAUAUGUUGCAUUGAAGAGAUAUUUAAGUAUUUCAAGUAAAAGAUCUUUCCUUCA